AUGGCGCGCGAGGACUACAGCGACCUCCCCAUCGUCGAUCCCAAAGAUUUGGUCUGGACCGGGCUCUCGUUCGCCCCCGCGACCCCCUUCGAAUGCGCGUGUCGAGCGGGCCCUCUCUCCGCGGUGGAGGCCCUGGUGGCCGAACGAACUUGCACGCCAGCCUUCCUCCACCGAGGCCUGACCUUCGCCCUCAGCGCAGGCAACGAGGACAUCACCCGUUCUCUGCUCGUCGCCGGGGCCCCGAUUGUUCAGCGGACCGCGCUCAACAUCCUCCGGGCUCCCUCGGAGCGCCAGCUUCCCCUCUUCCAGCUGCUGUCCCUCCAUGGCUGGAGCCCGCAGGGCCUCUGGGACGAUGGGAGCCUACUGACGGUGGGGGUCAUCACCAACCCGCCGCUCCUCCGCUGGUUCCUCGACCAGGGCGUUGAUCCCAAUGCUGGUGCUCUGGACCUCCACCGGCGCUCAGCGCUCGAACUGGCCGCUGGCCGUGGUGAUGUCGACACGGUGCGUCUCCUGGUCGAGGCGGGCGCCGAUGUCCAGCAAGGUCUCCCGUUGCAUGUCGCAGCGGCCGCGUGCCCAUCCGGGACUGAUGCGGACCGGACCCUCAUCACUCCCACAGAAGAGUUCGACACGGCGCGAAUUCCCGUGAUGGCCCUGCUGGUGGCCCAUGGGGCCAAUGUGAACCAACCCCAGGACUGCCGACUGAUGACGCCGCGGUAUGCCAUUGUGUAUGCCGUCAUUGCCGGGGCGGUCGCGCGGGUCCGCUGGUUGUUGGCCCAUGGGGCCGAUCCAGAGGCCAAGGGGGCCUUGGGGAGUGCCUGGGACUAUGCGCAACGGAGGGGCAGUGAGGAGAUGCGACGCGUGCUGGCCGAAGGGGUGGCGGCGAAGAGACGCCUUCAGGCCUCCCACGCUGGGGUCGAGACGUGA